CUUCGAUCAAGCAGAUCAUCAUGAAGGUCUUCGUCGUUCUCGCCGUAAUCCUGGCCGUGUCCGCUGCUGCCCCGCAGUUUGGAGGUGGCAGUGCCAACGCCAACGCCAAUGCCAAGGCUGAAAGUCAAGGUGGCUUCGGAGGUCGUCAAGAAGGAUACGGAGGCGGAUUUGGAGGAAGACCAGGAGGACCAGGAUUCGGAGGAGGACCAGGAUUCGGAGGAGGACAAGGAUUCGGAGGAGGACCAGGAUUCGGAGGAGAACCAGGAUUCGGAGGUCCAGGCGUAAAUCGCGGACCAGGGGGACCUGGCGGAUUUGGAGGACAACGCGGACAAGGCGGACCAGGUGGAUUCGGAGGACCAGGACAAGGUGGAUUCGGAGGACCAGGACAAGGUGGAUUCGGAGGACCAGGACAAGGUGGAUUCGGAGGACAAGGCGGACAAGGUGGAUUCGGAGGAGGCAAUGCUAAUGCUAAUGCUGUUGCCAAUGCUGAGGGAAACGGUUUCGGGGGUGGAAAUGCUAAUGCCAAUGCCAAUGCCAACGCCAACUCCCGCGGUGGUGGUGGUGCUAAUGCCAAUGCCAAUGCCAGUGCUAGCUCUAGCGCCUUCGGUAAAUAAGCUGCGAUUGCGAUACGAAUUUUUCAACUGAUUAGUUUCUUAAUAUUCAGAAAAUAUAACAAUAAAUAAAAAAAAGUACCAAAACAUAA